CUCUCCAUCAGCACCUCUCCCUCACUCCCUCUCUCUCUCUGAGGUUGCGGCUAUGGCUUCCACUUCAUCUCUGACGCUAUCCCAGGCCUUCCUAGCCCGAGCCAUUUCUCACCACCAUGGCUCCAACCCAUCAUCAUCUGACCGCGUGGUCUCCCUGUCCACACACUCUAUCCCCACCUUCUCCGGACUCAAAUCCUCACAGUCAAAGCCAUCGACCCGAGUCCUCCACCGCCGCCUUGCCGAAUCGAACCGCCAGAUACAAGCCUCCGUCGCUGAGACCCCCACUGCCGUCAAGACUACUGAGAUCUCGUUGGUGGAGAAGUCCGUCAACACGAUCCGGUUCCUGGCCAUCGAUGCCGUGGAGAAGGCGAACUCGGGUCACCCGGGGUUGCCCAUGGGCUGCGCCCCAAUUGGCCAUAUCUUGUUUGACGAAAUCAUGAGGUACAAUCCCAAGAACCCCUACUGGUUCAACCGCGACCGCUUCGUUCUCUCCGCUGGCCAUGGCUGCAUGCUCCAGUACGCUCUGCUUCACCUAGCCGGCUACGACAGUGUCAAGGAAGAGGACUUGAAGGAAUUCCGUCAAUGGGGAAGCAAAACCCCCGGACACCCGGAGAACUUUGAGACACCUGGUUGUGAAGUCACUACAGGUCCUCUUGGCCAGGGUAUUGCCAAUGCUGUCGGUUUGGCUCUUGCAGAGAAGCACUUGGCUGCUCGUUUCAACAAACCCGACAAUGAGAUCGUUGAUCAUUACACAUACGCUAUAGUGGGAGAUGGUUGCCAAAUGGAGGGGAUUUCAAAUGAAGCUUGCUCCCUUGCCGGACAUUGGGGACUCGGGAAGUUGAUUGCUUUCUAUGAUGACAACCACAUCUCUAUUGAUGGUGACACAGCUAUUUCAUUCACUGAGACUGUUGAGACCCGUUUUGAGGGUCUUGGUUGGCACGUUAUCUGGGUGAAGAAUGGUAACACUGGCUAUGAUGAAAUUCGUGCUGCCAUUGAGGAAGCAAAGGCAGUAAAAGACAAGCCCACUUUGAUCAAGGUCACGACAACUAUUGGUUAUGGGUCUCCAAACAAGGCAAACUCAUACAGUGUACAUGGGAGUGCACUAGGUGCCAAGGAAGUUGAUGCUACCAGGAAGAACCUUGGAUGGCCAUUUGAACCUUUUCAUGUGCCUGAGGACAUUAAAAAGCAUUGGAGCCGCCAUGUCCCCGAAGGUGCUGCUCUUGAAGCUGCAUGGAAUGCCAAGUUUGCUGAAUAUGGUAAGAAGUACAAGGAGGAAUACGCAGAGCUCAAAUCUAUCAUUGGUGGUGAACUACCUGCUGGAUGGGAUAAAGCACUUCCUACAUAUACUCCAGAGAGCCCUGCGGAUGCCACCAGAAAUCUGUCUCAGCAAUGCCUUAAUGCCCUUGCAAAGGUUCUCCCUGGUCUUCUUGGUGGCAGUGCUGACCUUGCUUCUUCCAACAUGACAUUGCUUAAAAUGUUUGGAAACUUCCAAAAGAACACCCCAGAAGAACGCAACGUUAGGUUUGGUGUUAGAGAGCAUGGCAUGGGAGCCAUUUGCAAUGGCAUUGCCCUUCACAGCCCUGGGCUGAUUCCAUACUGUGCUACUUUCUUUGUUUUCACCGACUACAUGAGAGCAGCUAUCAGGAUUUCUGCCUUAUCCGAAGCUGGAGUUAUCUAUGUUAUGACCCAUGAUUCAAUUGGGCUUGGAGAAGAUGGCCCAACCCAUCAGCCAAUAGAGCACCUGGCAAGUUUCCGGGCAAUGCCCAAUAUAUUGAUGCUCCGCCCAGCAGAUGGAAAUGAGACUGCUGGAGCAUACAAGGUUGCAGUCCUUAACACUAAGAGACCCUCUAUUCUUGCCCUCUCUCGGCAAAAGCUUCGCCAACUUCCUGGUACUUCCGUGGAAGGAGUUGAAAAGGGUGGCUAUACCAUUACCGACAAUUCUUCGGGUAACAAGCCAGAUGUUAUUUUGAUCGGAACUGGUUCUGAACUGGAAAUUGCGGCCAAGGCUGCUGAGGAACUGAGAAAGGAAGGGAAAGCUGUUAGAGUUGUUUCCUUUGUUUCUUGGGAGCUCUUUAAUGAGCAAUCAGAUGCCUACAAGGAAAGUGUUUUGCCAGCAGCUGUGUCAGCUAGGGUUAGCAUUGAAGCUGGAUCAACAUUUGGGUGGGAGAAGAUUAUUGGUAGCAAAGGCAAGGCAAUAGGAAUUGACCGGUUUGGGGCAAGUGCUCCGGCCGGGAGAAUAUACAAAGAGUUUGGUCUUACUGCCGAAGCUGUUAUUGCAGCGGCUAAAGAACUUAUCUAGGCUUGGUUGUUAGUCUUAUGUCACGAAAACUUGCUGUUAGGCAAUUUGGUUUGAGUUGGUAAUUACCGUGAGGAGGCCAUUCCCGGGAGAUCUGUUUUCUGACAGUCUCUUCUGUUACAAUAAAAGGCAAGAUUAAAUUUUCAUCUUUUGUAAUGGUUCCUCAAUGGAGCACAUAGAUAAACGAGAGAGUAAGAGUUUGCGAUUUUUCGUGAAUUUGUAACAAACUCUUGGACCUGUCUUGAGUUUUGCAAUGUUAUGUGGUUGAUUUUAA